AUGGCCAUUGCGGGUGGACAGCCUUUGUGGACCAUGUCACAAUGGGAAGGUGAUGCAGCUUUACCCCAGAGACCUGGCACUCUUCAUUCAAGGAUCAAAGAAGCUUCACCUGAUGUCCCAAGCGUGAUGGCCUUCCCCAAGCAUACUCUCCAGUUGGGUAGUGCAUCCAGAGAAGAAACUCAUUCAGUGAUGCCCAGGGAAAGCCUUCCUCGUCUGGGUGCGCUUGAUACAACAACCUUAGAACCCAAUCAAACACUGUGGUAUUUCGGUGUGUUGGCUAUCCAAGCACUCCUACUUCCUAGGUUUCAUUAUGCCACCAGAAAAGCGAAACGCAACAACAACAAAUGUGGGGUGAAAUUGACCAUGUACGGUCAAACGAUUGUCAGAGACCAUGUUUUCAACUCCCAGAUGGAGGCCAAGGCUGUAGCAUGCUCAGUGGCCCUGAAAUCCCUAAAAUCCCAGUUUCCAGAAUGGAGGGUGCCCGGUGUGCCAACAGAAGAUGUCAUAACUGCAGGCUGGAAUUGGAUUGAGCUUCUGCAUGAUUAUUGUGUUCAAAAUGGAUUGCCUGCGCCGAAGUAUACACCAUAUGACCAUGAGAAUGGACGUCGUUAUGAAGUUGAGUUGCAAGGCGCCUCGUACUUCGGUGCAUCCAAGUAUUACGCCGACGAAUUUGUUUCGCGAAAUGCUUCGGCACACAUGGCACUACACGCCUUGCUUGUAUUCGGGAACGGCGUCCACCAUGGCUUUCCUGGGCCAUUCAUAUUGAGAAGGUCUGACGAAAACAUGUUGAGACUCGUUCCCAGAAUACCCGAAGGCGCAGGUGGCCGCAAUAUCCCCUCUACCAAUCAAAUUUCCCAAAUAUUGGCUUCAGCUACCUCUGCCCUAUCUCGAAACCUAGGAAGAGAUGGGCAGAGUACCUCACAGAUACUGCAGCAGCCAAGGGCAAUGAGGAACCAGGAUUUGUUCUCGAGCAACAGCAGGUUUGUAAACGAUUCUAUUCCAAAGAGACCGGCCGAGGAUGAAAGGACCGGUAGACUUAUCCCUAGUACACCCAAGAGGGCCAGAACUCGGGGCCGUCCGAACAACACGCCCCAAUCCCAGAAGAAGGCUAUGAACGCAAAUUUGCUUCCCUUGACUAACAGUAGGGUCAAAGCUAUUGAAAUCCCGGACAAGAUUGAAGAGAAAAGGUGGAAACUCACACCCCGAGAGAUCGAGAAACGGCUCGAGAGUCUGCAAGCUCAUAGCGAGAAACUCGAAAGAAUGUGUGAUCUUCUCUCGCUGGAGCGUCCAGAAAUUCGGAUUGAGAGUAAUGAAGGGCGUUUGAUCGAGACCGAUAAAGGUUAUACAGCUGCAGCUUAUUUCCAGAACGACCCUUUCCUUGCUCGAGCAGGUGCCAUUGGCGAAGUCAAGGGUGUCAGGGACAAAGCGGCAGCUAAGGAGGGUUGUGCCAAUGCUGCUAUCAAGUUUCUUCUAAACAUAGUGCGAGAGGAUUUGGCUCUGGAAGGUGAAGCAGUGAACGAGCAGGGAAAAAAAUGAUAUUUGGAGGAAGGAUGCCAUUGACGAAUAUGUCAAGCAUGGCUCGUUAGACGCCGAUGUGAGCAUGGACGAUAACUGACACUCCUCUUUCUCUUUCCCUUGGACGCGAUGGGAUUGACUGGCAUGGCAAGGGAGGAGACACGCAUCUAUUAAUAUACGGAUAUCAGGUCCCCGUUUUUAUCUCCGAAUAGGGCUAGGAUCUAUGAUUAAUGCAUUCCGAAUAGUACGUUCUCAU